UGCCUGAUUCCGGAUUUGGAAAUGGAGCCGGACCUGAUCCGGCCGGACUUUUCUAGAUUAAUCCGGUCCGAAAAAAUCCAGAUGGACCCUUUUAUUAGUGUCUCUCAGUUGGCCGCCCUCAGUUCUCAGUUGGCCGCCCUCAGUUGGCCGCUCGGCUCUCAGUUGCCCGCUCUCAGUUGGCGGCUCUCACUUGACACCGACCGUUAGAUAUCGGCCGAUAAAAGUUUCUGAAUUGUAAGGGGGAUUUAAGGUGUAUUAGUGAAAUAAGGAGGGAUAUACGUUCGCGAAGGUGUUUUUGUAGAACCAGAUUGCUUGCGCUGCAGGCGAACUUUUUGAAAAUUUCG